AUGAGCAAUCCAUUGAGAUAUCCAAUGAAAUGGAUAAGUACUUGGUGGAAAGGAAACCAAACAAGAUAUCCGAUUCUUUCACAAGUUGCCAAGGAUAUCUUUGCACUUCCAAGUUCUACGGUUGCUAGUGAAAAUGCUUUUAGCAUGGGCAAGAGGAUUGUGGAUCCUUUUAGAAGCUCCUUGCAUCCUAAAAUGGUAGAGGCAUUAGUGUGUACUUGUGAUUGGCUUAGGGCGCACAAAUUUUCCUUUUACAAGGAACCCACGGAUGAUGAGGUUGAAUUCUAUAAGGAAAUUAAACAUAUGACAACUUAUAGCAUUGAUGCUCAUACAUCGCAACCAGGUCCUUCAAAUCCACUCACCACCACCAACAUUUGA